GCGCGGUGAAGUGUCUCGGUAUUUCCCCAGUGGCGGAAUGACCGCCGAUUGCCGAGCGGCACGCCAUCCUACCGCGGCCGAGCUCUAAAUCGUAAAGGGGAACCGAGGAUGUACCCAUAGCACUUUGACUCCUGUAAAGGUGUCAUGGACGAUGAAGAGCGCCUUGAAGGCGAGGAGGAAAUGGAGCUGGAUGAUGCCUCUGAUGGUGAAGAUGAAGAUGAAGAGACUACAGGAAUUCCUGCUUCACCAGCAAAUUCAGAUCAAUUGCUGGGUCCAGCUCCUUCCCUUGGUAACCUUACUCCUGAAGAAGCAUUUCCUGACCCUUUGCGAUACCAAAAGUUUCCACUGCCUGGCGGCAAGCCACUAAGUAUAAGGCGUGGUCCAGGAAGACCAAGAAAAGAACGUCCAUAUGGUAUCACUCGUGGUGGAGGUACUCGAAGAUCUUUUGGUAGAGGUACAACAAGAGGUAAAGGGCUUGGGUAUAUGAGGGGUAUGCCACGUAGGACAAAAAGUAAAGAUGAUGAUACCCAUUCUGAAUCUCCAAGUCCUCUUCGUAUUGGUGAAGAUAGCACGCCCGAUGGGGAAGGAUUAAGUACAGAAAGAUCUAUGCCUGCUCCAGAGGAACCACCAUACUUUCCAGAACAAUGGCCAGGAAAAGUUUGUGCUCUAUGCAAUUUGAGUGAACGAAGUCAGUUGGGUCAAGGCGAAUUACUAAGAUUAUCAUGCCCCGAAGGUUUUACUCCUGAAAAAAAUAUAAAUCGGGAAGAGACGACUGAACAACUCAUGGAUGUUUCUGCUGGUGAUAAAAGUCCCCGUGCAGUAGGUCCAGGUGCUGUUACCUGUCGUAGGCAAAAGAGUUUGGCUAAGUGCAGAAAUACUAGUCUUACCAACUUUACGGAACCAGUGGAGGAAUUAACUAUAGUUGGAUUUUUGGAAGAGCCAGAGAUAGGAAUAUUAUUUGAACAAACAGGGCAUUAUUAUGUUCAUCAGUCUUGUGCGAUCUGGUCGAGUAAUAAUCAAGAUCUCGCAACUGAUCUUAUUAGCCCUGCAAUAGUGCAAGCUUCAUCGCGACGGUGUGCUUAUUGUUCUCAUUAUGGAGCUGGAAUUGCUUGUAAAGUGGCAUCGUGCAAUCGUUAUUUUCAUUUACCAUGUGCUGCAGCUUCGAGUUGUUUCCAAGAUACAAAAACUUUAUCACUUUUUUGUAGCCAACAUUUGGGACAAGUUCCAUUAUUGUUAAACCGUGAUGUCACUUGUACGCAGUGUUUUGGAAUGGGAGAUGUUUCUAACUUAGUAAUGUGCUCUAUAUGUGGACAACAUUAUCAUGGUAGUUGUGUCGGUUUAGCACUUCUACCUGGCGUACGUGCUGGUUGGCAAUGCGUAACUUGUCGUGUUUGUCAGGUUUGUCGUCAACCAGAGGAUGUUUCAAAAGUAAUGUUAUGCGAGAGAUGUGAUAAAGCGUAUCAUCCUGGUUGUUUACGACCAAUCGUUACAUCAAUACCUAAAUAUGGUUGGAAGUGCAAAUGUUGUAGAGUAUGUACGGAUUGUGGUUCGCGUACACCCGGCGCAGGACUAUCAUCGCGUUGGCAUUCUCAUUACACUGUUUGUGACUCGUGUUACCAACAAAGGAACAAGGGUUUUUCUUGUCCACUUUGCAGAAAAGCAUAUCGAGCAGCUGCAUAUAGAGAAAUGGUACAGUGCAGUGCGUGUAAAAAAUUUGUUCAUGGUACCUGUGAUCCAGAGGCUGACCCAUUGACUUAUCAGCAUCGCAAGGAAGCCAAACCUGAUUAUGAAUAUGUUUGCCUUCAUUGUAAAAAUAUGGCUAUUGUAAAAAGAAAGGACAAUGUUGAUGAUUAUACAGGUGACUUUAGUCUCAGUGCUUCGCAAGAAAGCUUAUACGGUGAUGGGGAUUCAUCCGAGCUCGAUUAUCAAGGAAGUUCGGAAGAAGCAUUAUAUUCCAUUGGUCUUGGAAAAGGAAAACCCUUCUGUGCGUCUAAAAUCGCUAAAAAGAGAUUAGGCCUAGGAGGAGCCAUGAUAGGUCGACCGAAAGGCGUGGGUAAACUGGGUUAUCAAAAACGUCAAAAAAUGAAUGAAUUUGGCAGAAAAAGAGGUCCCAAAGCCAAAAUGAGAGGUAUUUUUGGAGUACCAGGGGUAGGAUUGCAGAGACCAAGUUCAGAUUCUUUUUCAAAAGAAGAUGAGCCAGGAGUAGAAAACAGAUUAGUAUUAUGCUCUGCAAAAGAUAAAUUUGUAUUAACUCAAGAUAUUUGUGUUAUGUGUGGUGCGAUAGGAACUGACCAGGAAGGAUGUUUAAUUGCAUGUGCACAAUGUGGACAAUGCUACCAUCCUUACUGCGCUAAUGUUAAAGUUACUAAGAUAAUAUUACAAAAAGGUUGGCGGUGCCUUGAUUGUACAGUAUGCGAAGGUUGCGGCGAAAGAAAUGAUGAAGGUCGCUUAAUAUUAUGCGAUGAUUGUGAUAUCAGUUAUCAUAUCUAUUGUAUGGAUCCACCUUUAGAUUAUGUGCCUCAUGGAACAUGGAAAUGUAAGUGGUGUGCACAGUGCCAAACAUGUGGUUCAAAUGAUCCAGGAUUUAACAGCAGCUGGCAAAAAAAUUAUACUCAAUGUGGUCCAUGCGCUUCUCAUACUGCAUGCAUAUCUUGUCAAGAAGCAUAUAACGAGGGCGAUCUCAUAAUACAGUGCAUUCAGUGUGAGAGAUGGUUACAUUGUGCAUGCGAUUCCAUUAAAUCGGAAGCAGAUGCAGAAAAAUGUGCCGAGGAAGGAUAUAUUUGUAUACUUUGUCGUCCGAGAGACAUACUCCCGCCACAUCUUUUGUGUAACCAAUCUAAGCUCCAACCAAACAAAUAUUCUCGUUCGCCACCUCCAACUGUGCGAAGCCCUGAAUUAUACAAACCGUCUUCUCAACAGUAUUUAGUAGAUGGUGUAUAUUUAUCCGAGGCUGGUAUGAAUCACAUUAAAUCUUUAACAUCGGAACAUCAACAAACGAGGAAAAAAAGAAGAAAAAUGCUUCCCUUGAUAGAUAAAGAGGCAGACAUUAUGGCCACAAUAGAAUCUGUUGUGGCUGGUGGUAGUUUAGACAAUUCCUUAGAAGAUAAUGGAAAAUUAGAUCUAGUAGAUGUUAAAGAUGAACCUACUGAGGUACUUAAAGAAGGUAUGGUAUGGACACCACGUGGAGAUCAGCCGCCACCGGAAGGAUUCAGUAUUUAUACGACUGAAAAUGGCAUACCUGUUUUAAGACGCAAACGCCAACGUAACUUACAAAAGCUUGGCAUUGGUGGAUUCAUUGUCAGAAUAAGAGGUACACGUAAGGAUAAAGAGGAGGAAGGGGAUCCUGAAAAAAUAGCAGAUUCAGUAAUAGGAAUGGCAGAUGACAAACCACGUAGAAAACCACAAAGGCGAAAACCAAAGACAAAAUUAUCCGAAUGUUUUCCACUCUAUAUGCAAGAAGCAUUCUUUGGCAAAGACCUUAUGGAUACUACCAAAGAUAAAGAUCUUGAAAGUAGUAGCGAGUCCGAUGGUGAACGAAAUGUUUCUGCUAAUGCAGAUACUAUUCAAUUGUCGCAAGAUGAAUUGAAAGCAAUGGAACAAGUUAAAGCUAAGCAAGAAAAGGAGGAAGAUAAAUUGCCUGUAGAACAACCAAUAAAACGGGAAGAAAUUAUGGAGGAUGAUGGCAGCGAUACCGAAGCACUUGGUGAUAUAUUACCAAUUUCUGGUGACAUACUUGAUAGUGAACUUGUUAAUACUAUUAUGAAUGAGCCAGAUGAAGAAUUGGCUAAAGCCAGCGAAGCUUUAGACGAAUUAGAUGAUACGCAAGGUACUUCUAAGGAUGAAUUAACAGACAUUCUCAGCCCACAUUUUAAUUUGGAAUCAAUGGUCAGAGAUAUUGGUCUACCUAAUAUGGAUAGUAAAGAUAUUGAAGAAAUAUUCAAAGGGGUUCUUACGGAUGAGUCACAAGAAUCGCAAGAAUCAUCAGUGUUUUCUGUACAAGCUCAACCUCCACAUCCACCAUCUUCCACUACACCACUUGUUUCACCUUCACCACAUCCUGGUAUGCAAACGGCUUUACCUCUUGCAAGACCGCAAGUACCUGGUACAUUACCUCCAGUUGGGCAAUCAAAUUUGAAUUCUCCAAUGAGUUUUCCACCUCCAUCCCCGUAUCAUUCGGAAUAUAGCAAUAGUCCACAAUUUAGCCCAGCAUUCUCAGAACCACCAAGUCCUUGGGUAAAUCCUGAGGAUGAAGGAAGUGCUCCAGUGAGUGGUGCCACGAUAUCGUACAACCAAAGAAGUAAUCUUAAAAUGGAGGCUGAUGAAGCAUUAGGUACUGGGGCAACAAUAUCUUCAGUUCUUUAUGCUAAUAUUAAUCAUCCAGAAUGGAAAACAGAAUAUCCAGCGUGGUCUGAAAGGUGUAAACAAAUUUUAAAAAAGUGGCGUGCUCUACCUAACGAAAAGAAAGCUCCUUAUCUAACUCAAGCACGAGAUAACAGAGCAGCAAUUCGUAUGAAGAAAACACAACAGAUAUCCAAGGAAAUACCAAGCACGACCCCAGUCACUGCAUCAAGCGCACCUACCAUCAUCACCAAACCUGUCACUGCUAUGACAUCAGCUCAAGUUUCUCCAGUAGUAGCUAUGGCCUCCAACCAAAGGCAAAUUGGACUUUUGACUUCAGUGAGCAGUGAAAAGCCGCAAGAAAAGAGUGGAAUGUCCGUAUCUGCAACAGGAGUGACGGUGCCAACAGCUAGCAGUAAUCAUCAUGCGGAGGAACAAGAAAGACUUUCCAAUAGAGACCGUUCUAGUAGAGAAGCAGAACAGGAACGUCAGUGGAAACAAUUGCAAGCUUUACGUCAGCAACAAGCACAGAUUCAACAACAAGUAAUUCAAGAGCAACGUGUACACGCUAUAGCCAGAGUACAUAGACAAAUAAGCGAAGAUAACACAUCACAAUUAAAUACUGAUAAUCCAACAGGAUUAACAACACAACUUCAAGUUUCAACAUCACAGGAGGGAAAUCAUUUAGGACCACUUGCAUCCCCAUCCCCUGGUUCACGUGGUACCUUUGCAACACCUCCAGUUAAAGUAACAAGAGGGGUAGCUCCACCAAGUCCUCAUCAAGGUAUGCCACGCUUACCAGCUCAACCUUGUGGAACGGUUACACGUCCAGUUGGAACCGUGGUCAGGCCAGGCAUGCCAAAUAAUUUCACACAACCACCUUCUCCGUUCUCACCUCAAGCUCCUCAAUCUCCCCAUGAUUUUCCUCAGUCUCCUGCAUCCUCUCAAUCUCAAGAUCAUUUUCAACGCUUCGAUACGAACGAAGCUUUCUCUCAGGCUUCCCAAACACCUAGGUCACAAAUAUCUGGUACACCUUCAUAUUCUACAUCACCAAGAAAUGAAGUGUUCUCACAACCACCAGGUACACCAAGACCAAUGUUUAAUCCACCCACACCACGACCUACUACUCAUGUGUAUGCUCCAUCUCGUACUCCUGAUCCUUAUAGUAAUCAACCACCAACACCAUCACCUGUUCCAAAUUAUCCCUCACCAAGAUCAGAAUCUCGGCAAGAACCACAACAGCAAGAAGUAUUCAAUCAACAGCCAGAAGUUAACAGGCAAUUACGCGAUCUUCUCCAAAGGCAACAGUUCAAUAAGAAAAUUGAAUCUGUUAAUGCUUCUUGGAAUCCAGAUGGACAAAAUAACACUGACGGAAAUCAGGGACAAUUUGAAACAGGUCAUGUGCAACUUCCACAACAUUCUCAAUCCAAUAAUAAUACUGGGGAAGGUACAUUUAGGCAUCCACUUCCACCAAGUGUCGUAAGACCACGGAUGCCACUUCAACCAAAUGUUUUAAUAAGAAAUUCAAUAGGAAUAACUUCGAGACAUCCUGUAAACAUAGAUGCGAGACUUCAAGCUAUAGAUUCACGCGCUAGAAUGUUAUUACAGCGACCACAAGUUAAUGCAAGUAUUCCACAACAGCACUUUCAAAGUACGCAACCUUUACAAACUCGGAUGCCGACUGCUAGAAGUACACUUCCGGAAUCUUAUGAUGUACUCCAGCAACAAAGGUUUCAAGAACCAAAUCAGGGACAACCUCUUGGACAACGUAUGGUACGACCAGGUCAAGAUAAUUUAACUCAAGGAAUGCGUAUGUUAGGAACGCAAGGAUUGGUUAGACCAACUAUUAUGCAAUCAACUGUUAAUGAAGCUACUAGCACUCCAGAACCGUCAGAAAUUCCAUACAAUGUAACUGCAGAACUUGAGAAAUUAGAACAAGAGGAAGGAGCACCAAUGGUCGAGGUCGAGGGCGUGAGUGCAAUAUUAGGUGAUUUAGGUGACGAUGAUGAUGAACUCCUUGCUGAAAUGGGUGCAGAUUUUAAUAUUUUAGAAUACGCAGAUCCCGAAUUAAAUAAUAUAACUGGAGGUGAUAAAACUAAUAUUCUUGACUUAGAAUUGGAACAAGUUGAAGUAGAAACGAAAGAAGAAAAGCAAAAGAAGGAGUCUAAAGAAGAAGAGCACAAAUCGGAAGAUUUAGCUGGAACAAGUAGAGUACUCACUGGUAUCAGCGAAAAAUGUACAGUGAGCACUGUACAAACGUCGACUGAUACAACUACUGUACCAACACAAGUACAAGCAAUGACAUCUUUAAGUGCAACUCCACAAGCACCUCAACAACAAUCGGCAAUUUUACCACAAUCACAUCCUCAAGCUGUUGUUGUACAACAACAAAUGCAUCAGCAUGUACAACAAGCAGCGGCAAUGGGACGACCUAUGCCUCCAGGAACUCGAAUAUUGUCUCCUGAUGGAGCUGUUGGUGUCGUUACAUCGACUAAUACAGUUACCGUCAGUUAUCCUUCCACAUUUCCUGGACAUCCUCAAAGAGUACCACAAACACAUAUACAAGUUGCUCAACAACAACGUCUUGGUAUGAGGGUUGCUGGAGUCCAAAAUGUGGCUGGUCGCGUGGUGACAGUGAACCAUAUGAUCGGACCACGUUUGCCACUUGCACCUCCACCACCGCCGCCACCUCCACCACCACCGUACCCAGGCCCACCACCACCAUAUCCUGGUCCUAUACAGAUGGGGCUGUGCCCAGGUGGGCGGGGCUUGACGCGGCCCCCAGUUCAUAUAGGGCACGCAGUGCCAGUGGCUGGUCCACCAAUGGCCCCAGUGGUUCAUUCUGGUGCGCCUGCAAUGGCACCUCACCCUCAUCGAAGACCCUUGCUUCUGCAGUCAUGUUCACAGGAGCAACCAUUGCUAUUAGAGGAUCUUUUGGAACAAGAAAAACGGGAACAAGAAAAACAACAGCAGCAACAACAGCAGCAACAACAACAAGUUGACAAUACAACUCCUAGUGGAACUCUUUUAAGUGAUAGUGACUUUGAGAGACUGAGAGCAGACGUUUUAGGCUCUGCUCCGUUAGCAUCCCCUCCUCAAGGAAUGGUACCAGUGCCUGGUGGAAUUCCUGUUAUUAGACCACCGUGUACACCGAGACCACCAUCUGCCCCAGGAAAAAAUUGGCCACAAGCAGUUUCAGACGCGGCAAAGCUUGCAGUACAAGUACCCAGACAACCAAUCGCUACGCAAACACCACCUGAACCAAGAGUAGCUACAUUCAAUAUACCUCAAAUACCAGCACCACCGACUCCGCCAGAAAACAUAGUGAACGAACAGGAUCGUCAAAUGCAACUCCAAUAUGAACAGUGGUUGAAUCACCAACAUCAAGUAUUAACACAACAACUAAAAUAUUAUGAAACGGAAGUCCAGAAGCUGCGCAAAGUAAGAAAAUCCCUUAAUAGCAAACAACGACAACUUCGGAAAUCUGGUAAUGAAUUGACAGAAAAUGAUGCUGCCGAACUUCAAAGAAUUUCGAGUGAACAAGCAAUAUUACAGAAACAUUUAGAUGCUAGCCGAAAACAAACGAGACAACAUGGGAUGUUGAUACAAGAAUAUAAUACUAAACAACAACAGAAACAAUCUCAACCACAAAACAGUGAACCUUGUUCACCGUUAAUGUCUCCUUCUCAACAUUCACCAAUGCAUAGUCCAGCUGCACUUGUUUCUCAAAGUCCAGGUCCUGGAAGUGUCCCUGCAAAUAUGAUACAACAUUCACCAGCUACGCCGAUUAUACAACACAGUCCUAAUCCACCAUUACUGCAACAUAGUCCAGGUAAUCCACAAACAGCAAAUCCGGGUACGAUGUCUCCUCACAAUAUGCAACAAUCUCCGAGGAUAGGGACCCCUCAUUCGCAAGGCGAAGAGAGUCCUUUCAGUCCAGGUGCUAUGUCGUCACCAGGGAUUUGUGGUCCAUCAGCUACUAGAAUGACUUCGCCACAACAUCGUGCAGUAAUAACAGGACGACAUGCUACGAGUCCAGGUUCUUUUACAACAGAAGCACGAAAUACCCAACAAAUUAUUGGAGAUCAAGGAGUUAGAGUACAUGCACUUUCUCAAAGAUUCGUUCGUCCACCGGUAAUAGGAGAACCUGGACAAAGACCGAGAAUGCCAUUACAAGGAGGAAUAGUAUAUGGUCAGCGUUCUCCACUUGGAAGUCCUCAACCCAAUCAACAAUCAUUGAUGACUCAACAACAGCAUCAACAAAUGUUACAACGACAGCAAAUUAUGCAACAACAGCAGCAACAACAACAACAACAACAACAACACGAUACAAACAACGUUACUCAAGACGGGCAAAAUACUAUAACUCAACGCACUUUACAAAUGGCACAGCAAAGGCAACAAAUAUUGCAGCAACAACAAAGGCAACAACAAUUUCUACAAAUGCAACAACAACAGCAACAACAACAGCAUGGAGCUACAAUGCAAAAACCUCCAAAUUCUCCCAUGGUAUCUCAGCCUGCAAAUUCACCAAGUCCACAGCUCCAUCAACAAAUAUCGCAAAAUUAUGGACAACCACCGAGCUCACCAAUGCCACGUAGUCCUAUGGUACAACAAACGAUGGGUUCACCUAUGCUUCAACAACAAUUAAGUCAAACUUCUCAACCUCCGAGUCCAAUGAAUACAAGAAUGCAUACGCAUCCUCCCACUUCUCCAAUGGUUUCUCAAUGUCAACCACCUAGCCCUAUGGCUCGUAAUCAUCCGUCAACAUCACCAAUGUUACAACAUCAGCUUAAUAAUUCACAUCACCCACCACCAUCACAAACACCAAAUUCUCCAAUGCCACGUAGUCCAAUGGUUGGUGGUUCUCCAAUGCAAAUGCAAAGACGACAAUCUACUGGCAAUAGUCCAGCGAUGCCUGAUAGACCGCAAAGUGUUGAAAAUCCGGGAACCCCAAGAACACCACAUACUCCUCAUACACCCCAUGCAGUUUAUGCCCCUCAAAAUUCAGGUAACGCAGUAAUGUCGAACGAUCAACAACAGCAACAACAACUUUCUCAACAUCAACAUCAACAAUCAGUAUCACAGCCAGAACAAACGUCUGUAGAUCACACAAAUAGAGGAGGUGGAAAUCCACAUAAUCCAAUAAAUCCAUUACCAUUCAUUCCAAACUUUGGAAGAUAUGGAUUUUUUAAACUUGGUUUAAGAGGUGGCUCCCCAAUGUGGUCAACAAAAGCAGAAUCUAGUAAGGGUAAAACUGCAGAGACUCAUCUAUUGAAUAUUGAUGAAAAACCUAAUACAUCAGUUGUACAUAGAAAAACAGGUAUACCACCGUCAAAAAUUAAUUCUUUAGUUUGUGCAGAUUAUAAUGAUUUCGACGAUGAUUCUCAUACGCCACCUCAAACGCCCCCAACAUCUACAGAAUCAAAACAGACACCGUCGUUACCUGAUAAUGGUCCAUUACAAUUAGGAAGCCCAAGUGAUAAACUUGAACCUAUACCUGAUACUACUGAUUAUGAUGAUGAUAAGACGAUAGUUAACACUGAGGUAACAUUAAGUUCAACGGCUCAACGGGAUAAUGAUGACAUUACUGUCAUAGAACAAUUUGGAGACACAGAGUUAGUAGAUGUUAUAUCAGGUACGCUUGAUGGAGACAUGCAAGAAGAAUAUGUGCUCUUUGAGCCUGGGAUGGUUGUAGAUUUAUCUGCUGAUAGUAACGAUUCUCUUUGUCAUGCACUUGUUAAUGACGGUAGUCAAGGACAUGACUUGGUACAAAUUUUGGAAAUUGAAAAUCCAGAAUCUCAAACUGAUGAACCUAUAUUAAGCGAUGAAGAUCUUGUACCUUCACAUACAAGAAAUAAAAAAGGCUUAAGAUUGGAUAUCGUAAGAACGCUUCAAUCAGGAAAAAGAUUGUUGGCAGUAACAGAUACACCAGAGUCCCCUGAUCAAGAUGAAUUACGUGUAGAUCCAUCACCUGGACCAUAUAUGGAUCAUUCACCAGACCAAGAUAUUAUGGUAUCUUUGGACAGUGAAUCAGAGGUUGUUAUUAUUGACCCUAGUACGAAAUCACCUGAAGAUAAUUUCUCUAAGGAAUCUUGUGAGGAAGAAAAUGAUAAAAUAGAUACUACAAAUAAUUUAGAUGUACCUAAAGAAAAUAUUAUAAAAGAAUCUUCAAACGAGGAUCAAUCAGAAUCUCAAAAAGAAACGAAACAAACAAAAAGCCCGAUAGCAUUUACGUUUCCUGAGAGUGUAUCAUAUAGUCAAAUACCGCCUUCCAGUUUACAUCAGGCAAAUAUUGGCUUACCUGUUAGCUGUUUAUCUACUAUUAUGUUUACAACAACUUCUACAACAACUGAAACAAAUGUCAUAACAGUAUCGUCAACGAUAUUAACAUCGGAUACAACUGCUAAGUCAUCUACGACAUUUCCGACCGUAUGCGUGACAAAGGAGCAAGUAACAAGUACGUUAAAUUCUCAAAGACAAACUAUUUUAUCAUCAACUAUGGCAAGUAUUGUAGCAGAUGCUAAAAUAGCAGCUAAACUUAGUCAAACUGUUUUAGAAAAUAUAGGAGUUACUUCACAGCAAAUCACGCCUGAAACAAAGACACUACCGAAAGUGACUUUGUCCAACACAGAAGCUUCAACAACAUACAUUAUAACAACAGACAAAAUAUCAACGCCUAACACACAGUUUGAAUAUACAAGUUUUGUACAGAAUGUUAGUGUGAAUACAACAGAAUCAACAAGUAAUCCUACAAAAUUAGUAUUAAGCGUCCAGCCUACAUCAGUUACUUUAUCAACACCAAAAAUGUCAAUACCUGAUCUACCUAAAAAAGAUAUUGUCGUAGUUACUCCAAAAGACGAUAAAAAUGAAUAUACUGGGAGUAUUGGAAAAGAAAAGAAUGAAAGAGAUGAAACGGAUAAUGCAGAAAAAAAUCAAGAAAAAGAUAAUAUUGUUUCAAAAGUAGAUAUUAAUUCAACUGCAAUUUCAGAUACAAUAAUUUCAGAUGAUAAGAAAAAUGAUCCAUUGAAUACAACGGAUGAAUUAGAAAGUAUGUUAGAAGCUAUUCAUAAUCCUGCUGAAAAUAAUAUAACUGGAAAAAAGAAUCCACAUCCUGAGGAAAAAUCAAAUGUCUCCACGUUGAAGAGAAUGUCGCCUGUUGCUGAUGAUUUGUCACUUGUAAAUAUUUUAGAAAAUGAUGUUGAACCAGCCGUUGAAAAUGACAAUAAACAAGAUGGCACAGACACAGAAGUAUCAAAAGUAGAGAAAACUAAGGAGGUAAUAAAGCAACCUAUUAGUGAAGUAAGCAACGCGGAUAUCGAUACGAAUCAAAUUAUAAGCGAUAUUAAUCAAGAAGAACAUAAAGAGAAUAAAGACAAUGUAUCCUGUACAGAAAUUGAAUCUAAUAAACCAUAUUUACAGCAUUGCCUAAAUGAAGAAAGAAAUUUAAUGGAAGAAUCAUCGGAUGAUAUAUUAGAUAUGCUUCACAAUAUAAUAUCUUCUAAACCAGAGAUGGCAAAUACCGAUAUUCUUCAUGAAGACAGAUCUAGAAAAUCGAGUCUUAUAUACCAGUUACCAACACCAUUGGAUACAUUACCUCUUAAUAUUUUACAAGACUCAUUGAUGGACUUGGAGCAAGAAAAUUUGGAAAAUGAACAUCUUCUAUCUUCGGAAAAUAAAAUGUCGCCUAAACCUCAAAAAACAAGUCCAUCGCCUACGGGAUCUAUAUCUAAGAAAAGUCCACCGCAUCAUACUGUCCCGUUGGUUGUGAGCACAGUAGCACAAUUACAAAAAUGUACAACUACAGUACCUCAUCUUUCUCCUUUGUCCAAGCCUACAGAGCUUACAUCGAAUGUGGCCAAUGUAUCGCAUCAAUUGAGAACAUUACUUUCUUCUUUACAGACAAAUCAUUCUCAAAACUGUACAACCAGUCAACAACCUACUAUCGUUACUAUGGUAUCUUCGGUCAUUUCAGCGCCGAAAGUCGGAACGAUCUUAUCAACGAGCACAUCUUCUCCGAAUUCUAUUAAUAAUACGCAGCCUAAUUCAAACCUUCGUUUACAGACAUGCAUGACUUCGUCUCUUCAUGCAAAUACAAAUAAAGUAGAUAUUGAAUGUACCACUACUGCAUACACUUCACAGGGUAAAGAAAGUACAAACUCUACAGUCAGCGUUAUUUCAAGUCAUUGUAAAGUAACAACCUCUGAGCAAUUUCUACGAGUAACUUCAAGUGGAAUUCAAUCCCCAUCAACAAAUUGUCUUACAUCACAAACAUCUUCUGUAAUAACUCCUAGACAACCAACUAAUACUGGUAUAUCUAUUACCUCAAAUGCAAUGUUAAAUGCUAUGUUAGCUGGUACAAAUUCGGCAAAACCAACGAUCGCUGGACAUAGAGCAAAUACUGUCCCAACACAGGCCAGUAACUUAUUAAGUUCAGUUAUGCCACCAUCAUCUGUACAAAGAACACAAAAUCUGCAAGCAAUAUUGCAAGUAAGCUCAAAUAACUCAUCAAUAUCUUCUCGCAUUGCCGCUAAUUCUACCUCGACAGCGAUAAGUACAUCUAUGCAAUGUGUAAGAACCAUUGUACCACCUACAGUAACAUCUAGUACAAGUAAUGUUAGCGUUACUACCAGUAUAUUACAAUCUACAUUGUCUCAAACUUCGACACUUUUACAAGCUCAACAUAGUUCUGGGCAAUCUCAAUAUAAAACUGCAGGUCUCUUACCUAUUGACAAUAAAAAUAAUGAAUUGGAGGGAUUAAAUCAAAGUUCUGCUGGAAAGAAAGAACAAGAUGAGACAAAUUCUAAAAUGCAAACAAGUAUUGAUAAAACGGUUACAACAAGAAACGAAUUAGAAAUUGGUAAAGGUAGCUUAACAACAAACUCUCACAGAAUGGAAGAAUCUCAGAAUGUAUUAUUGAAACAAUUAUUGCAAAAUACAGCAUGUGCAACUACAACAUUGCCAGUUAGUAGCUCACAAGGACCAAGUUUGCCUUUAGUACCAUCAUUGGAAGCACAAUUAGCAAGGCCAAUUCCACCUACUCCAUCCUUUCUAUUAUCACCUAUGCUAAAUGAAACACCAACUGCCAAAUCACCUGCUAAUAAACAAGUUCUUACUAGAGAGACUUCGUUUCUAUCACAUUCGGUCACUCCUCUUAAAGUUCAAAGUCCACCGAUAAAAGAAGAACCUCCAAAGCCGCCACCACCACCGCCACCACCACCUCCACCACCGUUAGCAACAUCUACACCGACCCUGACGCAACAACGAUCCGUUGAUACAAUGGUAAAGCAACAAACGACAAACCAGACACCAAAAACUGUGUCUACCACUACACAGGCAAAUCAACAACCCACUACUGCUCCAACUGUGAAACAAGUAGCACCAGUGUCAACAAAAAAUUGUGAAGUACUAUCUUCUUUGCAACAGGAUACUAAUACUAGCCAACCUCCGAUGAAAACAUCUAAUGAUCCUGCUAUCACAAAUACUACACAAGUGCAACAGCAACGUGCAUCGACACCUAUGAUAGUUUCGAGAAUGGUUUCACAAACAAAGCCUACCGUAACUACAACUGUACCUACAAAAAUUACGCAGGCUAUAUCACAAGCAUCAAAUAACGUUCACGUUACACAACAAGCCCCAUCAGUUACACCCCCUCAGACUUUACAGUCUCAACCUCUAUUGUCAGUAACUCAAAAAUCUAUAGCUACAUCACAACAAUCUACACAUAUUAGUUCAGUACAGCCAUCAGUGCCUCAAACAGUGCCCCAUUCUAUGGGUCAUCAAUCACAGAUGUCACAGGGUGCAAAUGCACAACAUUCAGUGCCUUUAGUAGAAGUCAAAAAAGAAAUUCUUGAUGAAGUUCUGUCCAGUGGUACACCUACCCAGUUAACCGAUACCAAAGACUUUCUUACUGCCAAAGAGGAGCUUAUAGACGGAUCUAUGGAUGAUAAAACUGAUCUCAAAAAGUUAAGAAGGCGUCAGUAUCAGCAAAAACGUAAACAGAGUCAAGGCAAGGACGCAACAGCGGUACCUCAAAAGAAGCGAUGUAGAAAAGUAUCGCGAUUAGACGAAGAUUAUGACACGUUUAUCGAUAAUUUUAUGAUUCAAUUACGGCAACUUCAACCAAUGGCAGUGUUGGAACCUCUAUUAGGGAGAAAUUAUGGUGUUUGUCCUAUUUUUGGUUCAGGGGAAUUAUUAAAAAUCGUAAGCCAAAAAGAUUAUAAUACCAGAACUGGAGAUUUAAUUGGCUCAUAUGGUUCUGCUAAUAUACCUGGUGUCUCCGAUCAUUAUAAUACUCAACCUUUUGGUGAAUUAGAACCGUUACCUCCUCAACAACCUAUUUCUACACAAAGAGGAUUUUACGACCAGGAAUUUCCACCUCUCAAAUUGGAUGACUCCGAUGAAAAGAAAGAAAAUUCCUUGAUAACGAAUCGUGAUGUUGAUUCUCCUGAUACGAUAGUAAGCUCGUCAUCCCCAGAAUGUGUGAUACCAGAGUUCAUUCCUCGUUUCCCAGGAUUAAGAUUAAUCGAAGAAGAGUCAGACGAAGAAUCUGAUUGGUUGAAACGAGUAUCACCUGUUAUACCUUUAAUUUCUCCUAUACCAAUUAGACUUAAACCUACCUAUAUAAGAGAUACAACCAAACAAGAUAAAGAAAACUUAGGAAUUCCAAGGCUUGGAAAAUCUCCACCAACACCAUUAAGGGAGAACGGAAAUGUUACUGUUACCUUGACUUUGAAUAGUCAGGCUGCAGAUGAUAUAAUGGGUGUACUUAAAGAUUUGGCAAAUAUACUAAACAUAGCUCCUCCAACUGGUUACCAGAUAGUAGAACGUACCACUACUCCUCCUAGUCAAAAAUUAGGACUUUACAGAACUAAAGGAAAAGAUGGCAAAGAAGGAGUUGGACCUGUUGAGAAAAGAAAUAAGCUAAACUUUUUAUUUAUAGCACCAAUUGACAUACAGAGUAUUUUGAAUGGUGCUGCCAAAUUCUGUCGUCAUUGUGAUGUUGUGAUAUUAAAUAGCUUAAUAAGAAAAAAAGUGUCAGAUUUACCAUUUUUGAGUAAGGAAGAAGCAGAACCUGGUGACGAAUUAUGUUUUUGUUCAGCAGCAUGUUAUAUGCAAUUUGCUCUAAUGCAUAGGACACCUACAAACACGCAAGAAAAAGCUGCGACAAUAGUAGAUCAUUUAUGCCAAAAGGUAGAUCCCAAGGUAAUAGAUGAUGAUUUUAAAAAAAUGCAAGAGAAAAAAUUUUCACUUAAGCAAUCUAUCGACCACGUGGAAAGUAUGGAAAUAGAACCUGAAAAUAAAUCGGAUGUUAGAAUCAAAAUUGAGGAAGAAUUCGAAAUGCAUGAUAAUAAGGAAGAUUUAUCGGAUGAAAAGCGACCAAAGAAACAUGCUGCUCUCGAGGAACCAGCUAAUGAAACGAGUGAACCACCCCCGCCUGCGAAAGUAUGGAGAGGUUUAAAAUAUAAAACUUGGACUAUGGGUGCGAUACAGCCUGCAACUAAAUAUAAAAAACCCACCGACAAGGAAAUUACCGAUAUGCUUUUCCGCAUGGGUGUAACCGUGAUACCUGCAAAGGCAGAAGACAGUCGCCGAUGCAUGUUUUGCCAAAGCCAAGGAGACGGUACUGCCGAUGGACCAGCUCGAUUAUUAAAUUUCGAUGUUGACAAAUGGGUACAUUUGAAUUGUGCAUUAUGGUCGGAGGACGUGUAUGAGACGGUAAACGGCGCAUUGAUGAAUUUGGACACUGCUUUACAACAUAGCCUUGUAUUGAAUUGUAUCGUUUGUGAGAAACCGGGAGCUACAGUGAAAUGUUUUAAAAUGCGUUGUACGAACGUUUAUCAUCUUGGUUGUGCAGUUAAAGAUGGUUGCGUAUUUUAUAAGAAUAAAAGCACUUACUGCUCGCAGCAUGUACAGAAAAAUGAGAAGGAUAACGAAUUGACAACCUUGUCCGUAUUUAGAAGAGUUUAUGUAAAUCGUGACGAGAAUAGACAAGUUGCAGCAGUGAUGCAUCACUCUGAGCAUAAUCAUCUACUCAGAGUAGGAAGUCUAAUUUUCUUAAGCGUUGGACAGUUACUUCCUCAUCAGCUCGCUAAUUUCCACACGCCUAAUUAUAUAUAUCCGGUCGGUUAUAAAAUCGUACGAUUUUAUUGGAGCAUGAGAAGGCCCAACAAACGUUGCCGAUACGUAUGUUCUAUCCACGACGUUUCAGGACGACCCGAAUUCAGAGUAUUAGUACAAGAACCAUUACAAGAAGAUGUUGAAUUACGUGAUGCUACGCCACGAGCUGUUUGGAGUCGAAUCCUCGAACCUCUUGCUGAACUUCGUAGGUCGACACACAGUGUUCAAUUAUUUCCACGUUACGUUUCUGGUGAAGAUCUUUUCGGCCUUACGGAGCCAGCUGUAGUACGAGUUCUUGAAAGUUUACCUGGCAUCGAAACCCUAACAGAUUAUAGAUUUAAAUAUGGACGCAAUCCUUUAUUAGAAUUACCUUUAGCUAUUAAUCCAACUGGCAGUGCAAGGACCGAAGCCCGAUUAAGAAAUCAAUUACCUUGGAAACGACCUCACACUCAACGUACUGGCUCUUCGGCUCGGGCAAAUUUUGUACCGACUGCCACGGUAGCCGGUGAAGUUGCAUGUCCGUAUUCGAAACAGUUCGUACAUUCGAAAAGUUCGCAAUAUAAGAAGAUGAAACAGGAGUGGCGAAAUAAUGUUUACUUAGCACGUUCCAAGAUUCAGGGUCUUGGUUUGUACGCCGCGCGCGAUCUUGAAAAGCAUACAAUGGUCAUAGAAUAUAUAGGGGAAAUAAUACGAACUGAAUUAGCUGAAACCAGAGAAAAGCAAUACGAGGCUAGGAAUCGUGGUAUUUAUAUGUUUCGAUUAGACGAAGAAAGAGUUGUUGAUGCAACUCUAUGCGGUGGACUUGCCCGAUAUAUUAAUCAUUCUUGCAAUCCCAAUUGUGUCGCUGAAAUUGUUGAAGUCGAACGUGAUCUCAGAAUUAUAAUAUUUGCAAAGCGAAGAAUCUCACGUGGUGAAGAGCUGGCAUAUGAUUAUAAAUUUGAUAUCGAAGAUGACCAGCACAAGAUAGCAUGCGCAUGUGGUGCGCCUAACUGCCGCAAGUGGAUGAACUAAAGAGAAAUCGUCCACUGUUGUUAUUGUUACUACGUUAUUGGGUAGGUUUUACAUGAAGAAAAAAAUUAUAUAUAUGUAUAUGUAUAUAUACACACACACAUAUAUAUAUAUACACAUAUAAAGCUAUUAUAUAAAUGUAU